AUGGCGGUCGUCUACUUCGCCUCCUUCUCUCUCCUCCUUCUGCCUCCUCUUGCUGUUCUCAUUCUCCUGUACUUCAUCGUGCGGCCUCGUCCGGUGAAGAUCCCCAUCAAGAAUCGCCACGUUUUCAUCACCGGCGGAUCGAGUGGGAUCGGUCUCGCCCUGGCUCGUCAGGCUGCGGCUGAGGGUGCUCGCGUCUCGAUCCUUGCUCGCUCUGUGGAUAAGCUUGAGGAGGCCAGGAAUUCGAUUCGCCUCUCCACCGGCAUCGAUGUGGCUGUCUACUCCGCCGAUGUGCGCGACUACGACGCCUUGAAGCGGGCCGUGGAUGAAGCGGGGCCUAUUGAUGUGUUGAUUGUGAAUCACGGGGUGUUUUGGGCCACGGAGAUCGAGAAGCAGGAAUUGUUUGGGGUGAAGUUCAUUAUGGACGUGAAUUUAAUGGGGAGUUUCAAUUUGAUCAAGGCUGCGUUGCCGGCAAUGAAGAACAGGAUGGACAGGGGACCUGCUUCAAUUGCUAUUAUGUCGUCACAGGCUGGUCAGGUGGGUAUUUAUGGUUAUACAGCUUAUGCUGCCAGUAAAUUUGGGCUUCGUGGACUAGCAGAGGCAUUGCAGCAGGAGGUUAUAGCGGAUAACAUUCGUGUUUCUCUUAUAUUCCCUCCAGACACGGACACUCCUGGUCUAUCGGAAGAAAACAAGAAAAAACCACAGAUAACCAGUUUAAUUGUGUCCUCUGGCGGUUUAAUGAAAGCUGAUGAAGUUGCUCAGAGAGCUUUAAAUGGCAUCAAAUCUGGCAGCUUUUUCAUCCCCUGCAACCUUGAGGGAUACUUGCUGGCCCUAGCAACUUCUGGGUUUUCCCCACAGAGCUCAUUCUUGAUGGCCUUUGUUGAGGUUUUUGCCGCUGGAAUAUUACGCAUUGCUGUGCUAUUUUUCCAGUGGACCUGGUACAGAAGUAUAGAGAAAUUCCAUGCCCAAAGACGUGGCAAGUAGAUAUUGUUAGAUGGAUUUUUUUCACCUGAGUUUCUACUAUCAUAGCUGUCCUCUUCAACUUUAUGAUGGUCUGUGGUCUCCUGAAGCUGCUAAAAAGUUAUUCAAAUCACAGUCCUGCUAUACUUGUGGUAUUGUUGAACUGUUCUUCUAUCGGUUCCAGACAAUCCCCCAAUGAGCUGAUGCUCGUCCAUAUGGCGUGUUUUCAGAUAUAUGAUAGCAGAUAACAGGAUAUGGUUUUGUUCCGGUCUUUUCAAUGUUGAGACUAUGAUUUAUGAUAAACGAGAACUCAUUAAUUUUGUAAUCGGAAUCAAGGUCAAGUUCAGGUUUGUGGUUUCUUUACUUCAUCUAUGAGAAUAGCUCAUUGUUAAGUAUGCUUGGUGGAGGGUAGAAAGAAAGUGGAGGGGAAAGGGAAGGAAAUGAUGUGAUUUUCAGUCCAUGUAGUUGGAAGUUAGUCGCAUACAAUAGUCUUUCAAUGAAUUCUGAUAUACCAGACUAUUGUAAAAAUAAUUUAAAAAUAGGGUUAAUAUUAUUUUGUCUCUUGACCUC